AUGUCUCAAUUUUCUGUUCCAUUUAUGGCUAGCAUGCCUUCAUACCUCGACUCGCAGUACAUUUCAGCAGCGCCAGCGUCUAUGAUGGAAAAUAACUCACCUCAACUCGAAGAUAUGAGCCGGAGUAGCCCGCAACAAAACAUCCCCCCUUCACCUGCCUCGUCGACGAGUGAAUUCAGGGUGAGCAAGGCUAAAAAGGGGAAGCGGGUACACGCUUGCGAGUUUCCUGGAUGCGUCAAGGUCUUUACCCGUGCUGAACACCGGCGGCGACAUGAACUGAGCCACCGAGCUAAGAAGACCUACGUCUGCUCAUAUGAAGGGUGCACGAAAGCAUUCCAUCGAGCGGAUUACCUCACUCAACACAUGGCACGACAUGACCCUGAGUCCAUUCCAGUGUCAAAAUCCCCUUCACUGCGAAGCAACUCAACUUCCUCUGCUGUUAGUGUCCACCAAACACCAGCGUUCUCGAAAUCACCCAUUCUCGCCGGUUUCCAGUCCCCAGUAGCAAGAACCAGUUCAAAAUUGCCAUCUGCAGAUCACCCGGUCAUGAUGUGCUCGAAUUGCUACAACUGCCAGAACCAGGCAAACGCCUCACCUGGUCAGGGCCCUUCUCUGUAUUACCCGGCUAGUUCAUCGAUGAGUCUUUUUGGAUCACAAUCUCCCCCGUCCGGAGGGCAUACGGGAUUAGAAGCCAUGAUCGACCAAUACAUGCGGAGUGUUCUUCGACCGGACGCUUUCCUACCGGUUCACCCUCAGGAGCAACUGAAUCCGCCUUUUUGGACCUCAAACAUUGACCCGAAUUUACCUAGCAUGAACUCUUCGAGCUUUCAAAGUCCUCCACAUUAUCCGUGGACAACAGAAGCUGACAGCCUACCCCAAGUGCAAACAGCACACGGAAUGUCCGAAAACCAGCGACUCCGAGAGCGUGAUUCAUGA